AUGCGCAAGCUUCGGCUGCACUUCGUCGUCACAUUAAUUUUUUGCCUUUUAUACGAAGAUGUCUACGGACUGAACAAUUUCAUAGAUAACUUUGAGACGUUGAAUUAUCGGGCAACACAUGUUGCAAAUCAGGUUUCUCGGCGAAAACGAUCUAUUGAUACUGCCUCUUCACACUACCAAGAACCUAUUGGAUUCCGUUUCAAUGCUUAUAAUCGUACUUUUCAUGUUCAAUUGCAUCCCAUCGACGAUUCCUUAUUCCACGAAGACCAUGUUGCUGACGUGGAUGGAGGUUUCGCCGAUAUCAAACCUAGUCAUUUCUUGUAUGAAGGAUAUUUGAGAGAUGAUCCGAAUUCUCAUGUACAUGGUAGUGUGUUUGAUGGCGUCUUUGAAGGACAUAUACAGACUGGAGAAGGAAGGCGUUUCUCGAUUGACAAAUCUGCAAAAUAUUUUGAACGAGACGAUCGGCCCACACAAUAUCACUCAAUUAUCUAUCGAGACGAUGAAAUUAAUCACAGAAAGUGGAGAGUGAAAAGAGAUGCUGAGAAUCUUGCCGAACAAAUGCAAGGAUGUGGUCUUUCCUCCCGAGUUCGUCGCGAAAUGUCAAAUAUUCAGAAUUCUGGCGAGAAUUCCGACUUCUUUACCAACUAUAUGACGAUGUCUGGACGAUCGAAACGAGCGACUCGUGAUUCUGAAGGUCUUUUCUCAGUUCGAACUUGCUCUCUGUACAUGCAAGCAGAUCAUAAACUCUAUGAGCAUAUUCGAAUGAAAGAAGGAAAUAAUGAUCCGAUUCGAACAAGAGAGGAGAUUGUCAGCUUGUUCUAUAAUCAUAUUAAAGCUGUUAACGAGAUUUACGAAGGAACGAAUUUUAAUGGAAUCAAAGGACUUCAUUUCGUAAUUCAAAGAACUUCGAUCUACACUCCCGACAGUUGUGAUCGUGGAAGAGCCAAAACCGAUUCAGAUAACCCGUUUUGUGAAGAGAAUGUUGAUGUUUCCAACUUCUUGAAUCUCAACUCGCAAAGGAAUCAUUCUGCUUUCUGCCUCGCAUAUGCUCUCACUUUCCGUGAUUUCGUUGGUGGAACUCUCGGUUUGGCUUGGGUCGCCAGUCCCCAAUUCAACACUGCCGGCGGAAUUUGUCAAGUUCAUCAGCGUUACAAUGAAGGAAGUCGUGGGUGGGUCUAUCGAUCACUCAACACUGGAAUCGUGACACUUGUCAACUACGGAAAUCGAGUUCCAGCGAGAGUCUCACAAUUGACACUUGCUCACGAGAUCGGACAUAAUUUUGGAUCUCCUCACGAUUUUCCAGCAGAAUGUCAACCAGGUCUUCCCGAUGGUAACUUCAUUAUGUUCGCUUCUGCAACAUCUGGAGAUAAACCGAACAAUGGGAAAUUUUCUCCUUGCUCCGUCAAGAACAUAUCCGCUGUCCUCGCUGUUGUUCUCAAGUCAAUGCCUGUCGAUCCAACUCGCAACGCCAAUCCUGUGGGAAUUGGAAAAAGAAAUUGCUUCCAAGAGAGAACUUCUGCAUUCUGUGGAAAUCAGAUAUUCGAACCGGGAGAGGAGUGUGAUUGUGGUUUCUCUCAAGCUGAUUGCGAUCAAAUGGGUGAUAAAUGUUGUGUUCCUCACGAAGCACGAGGACUUUCAGGACCAGGUCCAUGCAAGAGAAAACCGGGAGCGCAAUGCUCGCCGUCUCAAGGAUAUUGUUGUAACCCGGAUAACUGUUCGCUGCAUGGAAAACACGAGGAAAAGAUUUGUCGACAAGAAUCCGAAUGCUCGAAUCUUCAAACCUGUGAUGGACGAAGUGCUCAAUGCCCAGUUUCCCCACCGAAACACGAUGGAAUCCCUUGUCAAGACAGUACGAAAGUUUGUUCUGCUGGACAAUGUAACGGAUCAGUUUGUGCAAUGUUUGGAUUAGAAGACUGUUUCCUUACUGAAGGAAAACCAGAUGAGCUUUGUUUCUUGGCUUGUAUUAAGGAUGGAAAAUGUACAUCAUCUGUAAAUCUUCCUGAGUUCGCAUCUAACCGUACCAAUUUCCUUCAAAAUAUGCGAAAAGGAAAGCCGGGACUCAUCUUGCAUCCUGGAUCACCAUGUAACAAUUACAAAGGAUAUUGUGAUAUAUUCAGAAAGUGCCGAAGUGUCGAUGCCAAUGGACCGUUGGCUCGACUCAAAAACUUGUUAUUCGAUAAGAGAACUAUUGAAACAUUAACUCAAUGGGCACAGGAUAACUGGUGGGCAGUCGGUGUCGGUGGCCUCAUCUUCCUUGUGAUGAUGGCUUUGUUCGUGAAAUGUUGCGCUGUGCACACACCGAGCACGAAUCCAAACAAGCCGCCAGCUCUGAAUAUUUAUCAAACGCUGACUCGGCCUGGAACUCUCAUUCGACAACAUCGUCAACGUCACCGUGCGGCGGCUGGAAGCGCUCCUACUGCCCCAGCGGGACAAUCCCGUUCUGCCGGUGCACCAACUUCCAGAACAACACCAUCAGCCCGUCCUUCAGCUCCUCCACUUGUCGCUCCUCAAGUUCCAGUUGCCGUUCCUCCGCCACCAGGUGUUGCUGGUCCACCAAUUCCUCUCAUUGCUGCGAUGCCACCAGGAGCAUCUUCAUCGUCUCCUGCUGUGAUCGUCUUGGAACCACCUCCACCAUACACGGCAGCCGAUCCGGGAUCAGCAAUGGGUGGACCGAGAAGAGGACAUCGAAAGAACAAGAGACAAGCGGCUUCUGAUGCGGCACCUUCGUCAGGAAACGGCGGAAAAAAGAAAGGAAAGUAA